CUUCCGCCCUCCUACCAACACUUCCUGUGUGGAGGCAUUUCCGUGCGUAGCCUGCGGUGCACAGAGACAGAAAAUAAACACCAGAAGUGAGAAUAGGUGAGAGAAUAUUUGUGAUAUUUUAUUGUUGAUCAGUGAACACCAAUGUAAAAGGGACAGAAAGGAAUAAGAAUGGCAGCAGAGACUGGGACAGCAAAGCCAGCCCGGGCAAAGAAAGAGCCUCAGCCACUCGUUAUCCCAAAAAAUGCAACUGAUGAACAAAGGCUGAGACUGGAGAGGUUGAUGAGGAACCCUGAUAAACUUGCUGCAAUACCUGAGAGGCCCAAGGAAUGGUCUCCGAGAUCUGCUCCAGAAUUUGUCAGAGAUGUCAUGGGAUCAAGUGCUGGGGCUGGCAGUGGAGAGUUCCAUGUAUAUCGACAUCUUCGGCGCAGAGAGUACCAAAGGCAAGAGUUCCUGGAUAGGGUGUCCGAAAAGCAUAACUUAGAUGACGAUUUUCAAAGAAAAUUAAUGGAGAACAAAAAGUUAGAAGAAGAAAAAACUGCAAAACGCAGAUUGAAAAGACAAAAGUUAAAAGAAAAGAAAAAAAUGGCUAAAAUGGCUAAAAAAGAAGAGAAAAAAGAAGAAAUAGAAAAACACGUGGAACUCGACAAUUCUCCAGAAUCCAGUGAUAAAUCAGAUUUAGAAGACCAAUGACUACAAUGUAGAACUAUGUUUUCUUUAGCUUCAGCAGCAUGUACUUUAUCUUUACUAGAAUAAAGCUUUAUUUUUAUAUAUGUUCAUAUCUAGUGUCAUCAGGGUUAUGCUGACUACUUGUUUUAGAAUCUGAGCAGAACAUGGAACAGUGCAUUUGUUUUAUUUACUUAUGGGGCUUGGUGAGAGCAAAGGAUGGAUAGAGUCAUGAAACUAUUGAGUUUACUCUUGACUAAGCUGUGUCUGAUUAUUCUCAGGAGAUGUAUACUCUUUCUUAAAAUCAUUUUUUUUCUUAUUAAUAAAAUCAUUUUUUUUAAUAAGAAAGACUUACAAGAAUUGCAUCCUGCAUGUUCUUUCCAUUAACGUUUUUUUUACGAUAAAAUGUCAACAUUGUAGCCUCACAGCAACAGAUUUUUGGUUUCUGGGGUCAGUGACCCCCCAUUUAAAAACUGUAAAGAGUUGAAAGAAGAUGCCAAAUAAUUCAAAAACAAUAAAAAAAAAUGAAGGCUAAGAAUUGCUCGUUCUAUAACAUAGUAAAAGUUAAUUUGAAUGUGAACUACCCCUUUUAUGUAUUUUGCAAUUUACUGAGUACUAUAACCACAUGCUAUGGAGUAAUAAAAAAUAAUC